AUGCUUCAAUAUAUCCUGGUCCCUCUCGGACGUCCGUUCAAUCAGCUUCAGACGGUGGACGAAUACCUUGCGGGUCACCAUGCGGGCGACACUGGCGUCCCUCCUGAGUGGGGAGGCGUCGGAGACAGCGUCAACGGCCCAUGUGCGAUUGCCGGCAUGUUUGGAUGCGCUCCCGUCAACAGCACCAACGACUACUUCAGGGAUGGAGACGUCCACGAGGGCCCCCCUGUUGUGUAUGCGGCAUCCCCAGCGAUCUUCAUGUAG